AGAGAGACGAGAGACGAGAGAGACGAGAGAGAGAGAGAGAGAGAGAGAGAGUACGCGCGAGCAACGAAGAGCACUGAGAAAGGGGACAGAGGGAGACAGAAGAAGUGGUGGGAGUGACUCCAGGCGUUAGCGAGAGAGCGAGAGAGGCGGGUAGAGGGAAAGGAGAGACAGAGACUCGACCAAGAGAAGGAGCGGUGGGAAUUUAUAAGGAUGUUCGCGAUAAUGCCGAUGGAGACAGAGGGGCACGGCAGGGAGUUCGGCCGGCGGCAGAAGAUGCGCGCCAAGUGCACGGUAGAGUUCGUCUGCAAGUACUGCCAGCGGCGCUUCACGAAGCCCUACAACCUCAUGAUCCACGAGCGUAGCCAUAAGGACGACGUGACCUUCACCUGCGAGGUCUGCGGAAAGUCCUUCAAGCGGCAGGACAACCUCAAGCAACACAGGAGCAUACACUCUGUUCCCUACAAGGGCUCCAACGGCUACUCAAAUGGCUAUUCGAAUGGCUACUCUAGGUACUAGAAGCCAUCCGGCCAACUAUUAUCCUAAACUCCCGUUUAGACACGCGUUUCUCUUUCUCUAUCGAAUGCUCUAGCUACCGAUCAGUUCUCCCCGAUGUCUCCCUCCUCUAAUUAGAGCGAUCCUCUGCGUCGAUUCGACGACAUGUCAAGCUCGCGAGAGAUGUCGUCGCGUUUUCGUACGGCAAGGGAACCGCGAGGCUCCAUCACCGAUUUUUAUCACCGUCCUUUUGUCGCCUACUACCCUCGCAUUUAGUUCGUCCGUCCUGCUUCUUUGAGAAUUUUUUUUCGCUUUUGUUCACCCUCCUGUAUUCCGAGCCUACACCCAGACGUCAGCCACAUCGGAGGAAUCUUCGAUUCGACUUGACCAAUACGAAGUACCAAUCGCAGAGCCGAGAAUGAUGGGAGCGAUCUGCGAUCGACAACGACGCGACGGACGAUUAUAAUUGCAUCUUUUUUUGUAACUUGGCUGAUUCGAGCGGUUAAUGAUAUUCUUGCGAAUUGUAAGUACGAAUUGUGUAGAGCGAUUGACGUUCGAAUCUACGGAAUUUUCAGAUGUGAUUGGAUAGAUUAUAUCAGAUGUCACAUGCAUAAUUCGAAAAUUCUAACAUCUGAUUGAUUUUGUACAAAAAUCAGCGUUUUGCGAAAGAACGUGAGAAAGGAAAGUGUGACUAUCUGUAGAAUAAAAAUGUAAUUUAUUUACAAACGAAAAAAAUUAUCUAAAAUCUUGUUCCAUCUGCGUGCUCCGUUUUAAAUACCAUUCACCAUUUUCAAUUAGAGAUAUUUUAGUCAUUUUGAUAAGAAUACACAAUAAAAUUGAUGACAAUGCCGAACCAAUGUCGAACAAGUAGGUCUUCUUGCGAUACCAGCAUUUCAUUCUCGAUGGACAAAUGAGAAAACCUCAAGAAAAUGAACCAGAAAAUUCGCACCGGAAGUCGAUUACGCAAUUACAAAGGAGCGAGCCAGGCGGUUUAUCAUCAGGAAUCGAAGCGGGCGAUCUUCCACGAUCUUCCGCAUUUUCAUAACGGAAGCUAUCACAACGCUGUUCCCCGCAGGAUCCUCGGGCUAACAUCCUAAAUUGGACUACGUAAUAACCCACUAGCUCUGUAGGAGCGCUUGGUCGGAGGACGGACGCUGUUCGCUUCUUCGCGUGCUACUGUGGACCACGCCCAGGCCCGAAGCGACGUCUUCCUGACCUACCACCUGGCAAUCAGGCCACGGAGCUACUCGGCUUCCCCUUCAGAAAAUCCAUACAAUUUCGCGAUGACGAGAGCACUGCGAGUCCCAUCGCCGGGGAACGCCGAGGCAAAAUCGUAUCUCGCGCACGUAGCAUGCGAAGACAUUGGGGCCGGACAACCUUGGGGGGAGGGCCACGUGGUACAAGGUAGGCACGCGGUGGUAUCGUUGACGCAAAUACCAGUCAGCUGAGAUCGGUUUCCAGCGGGUGAACUCUUGGCGAGGUGUCUCUUCGAUUCCGGUCCCAGAGACACGACCCACUCAGGUGGAAUCAGAAUCAACCGUUAUUAUUUCCGAACGUCGAUCGAUAUUUUUCUUUCCCCUUCCUUUUUCUCUCUGUAUUCGUUCCGUGUUUCUUUUCUCCUUUAUUCAUCCGCCCAUCGUGUGCGGAUCGCGCGAUGGAUAUGAGGCGCUCGGAACGUGGACGGACGUGGAGGAAAGCGCACGUAAUGGAGCAACCGGCAUCACAAUGCUCGAAGCUAUACGGUGUAGAUGAUGAUGAUGAUGAUGAUGAUGAUGAUGAUGAUGAUGAUGAUGAUGCUGAUUCCCGUUUGCUUCUCUCGGGCAAGACGCUAAAUGUGAGAGAACCGAGUGGGAAAGCGAGUGUGGCGAGAGCAUAAGUAUAAUCGUCGCGUUUGAAAUCGUUCAGCUCAUUGCCAGAUGCAAACUGCAGAAGGAACCUUCAGUCCUUAUAGGGGAGCCGAUAGGAAUAUAACAUCCAGAGAUAUUUCGAAGGCAUAAAGCUAAUUGAUAAUAAUUUUGCUUAUAGAUUACACGUGAUGGUAAUUUCAUAUUAAUGUUGUACGUUUUAUAUUUUUGUCAAUGUAAAUAAUAAGUCAAACCACGUUUCAUAGAUUUUUAUGUACUUCCUUCGAAGAAAAUUUAAAUGAUAUUUGAAUUUGUUACACAUGUUGUAUGUUAUAUUCCUAUUUUCUCUUUUAAUCUAUAUUAUACUCGAUGCUAUCUAGAUAUAUAUAUAUAUAUUGUGCAAAAACAUAUUACCGAAAUUAUAUCAUAAUCAGGUUAAUGAAUUCUUGCUCUUCGUAUUCUAACCACCUUUUCGACUUGAGUAUUACUCGAGUUCAUCGUGAUAAAUUGUAAAGAAUGUAUUUUUUUUUGUAUUAAAUUUAAUAUAUUUUUUGCGGCAUGCUUUUCAGACUGUACAUUAAAAGGAGAGAAAGUGUUCCGACUUGUACGUUAAUGAGGGUUAAGGAAUUUGCGUGACUGGUUUUAAUGUAUCUUUAUGACGAUACACCGCUAAAUAUUUUUUUUUUGCUUUGAAACACGAGGGCAAACCACAAAAUGUUCCUAAACGAUACAAUGUAAUAUGUGUUUUUCGCUACGGCGUCUCGAGGGUAUCGAGAGUUGCCAUUUAGCAAAAUCGCACGAGUUGAAAAUUUCAUACGAAACGGAACCACGAUGGCUUCGGGAACGUAACAGGUUUUUUUUUUUUCUUUCCAACUUCGUUUUGAUUCCUCUUAGUGGAAUGAAACCGCGGUCGUACUUUGUAUAUAGCUUAAACGCGUAUCAAUAUGUCUUUAAUAUUAUUAUAUUAAUUAUUAUUAUUAUUAUUGAUUAUUAUUAUUAUUAUUAUUUUAUGGAUGUUAUUGAAAUAGCGCUUAGUCAUUUCUGUAUUGUAGCCGCCGACAGGCCUCACGAGUGUAGAGCUGCAUUUCGUUGUACGGUACGAUAGGAGUGAUAAUAAUGUUAUUUUAUUAUUAUUAAAAUUAUUAUUAUAUUAUAUUAUAUAUAUUAUUACCACAUGAUGUAUCAGUAUCCAUGCAUGUAUCGCUAGCUUUACACCACCGAGGCACACGGCCAGCCCGGUAGGAAGGUUUCACACUUCUUUGUCUCUCCAAGAGAGAUGAGAUAAUAUGCGCGUGAUGAUUUCCAUGUAUGCUUUCCGCAAAUCGUAUUGUAUUAGUGUGUGUGUGGGAAAAUUCCACUCCAACGGAUUACAAAUAAAUUCGCCAAGUUGUAAAACGCUA